AUGGAACAGCCCCCUCCACUGGGCACGGGCACCGUGGCUCAGCCCACACUCCGGUGCAAUCCAGCUGGCCGUCCCUGGCUGACACAGGGACUGCCUUGCCCACGGCUGGGCUUGGGCAGAUCCUGUCGGAGACGGCACACUGGGCCCAGGAGCCGGCAGGGGCACGGGGACCCAAGUGAAGUUUCCUCGAGUGGGGCCCGGAGCCAGAAGGAGGCGGCGGUUGCUGCAAGGUCAGUGCCAGAGCCUGCCCCGGCUGUGGAGGACCACGCUGACCUUCAAGGCCCCAGCCACCCCUCUGCCACCCUGGGGUCCCCACCCACCCAUCCCGGGCCCUGCCCUGGAGGCACCGCCCCUGAACUGUGCCCUGGGGUCCCUGCUGGUGGCCCUGCUGGCCGCAGCUCUGGGUUCACCAGUCGGCCUCUGGGCCCCGAGCACGUGGACCCACUGCACCAAGUGCUGGUAGAGGAUGGGCCGGGCAGCGGGGCCCUUGGGGAGCCCGAGGGUGCCAGGACGCCGGACAGUGAGCCCCUGCUGGGGGCCGCGGCCCCGCCCUGGUCCAGCCGCACGGAGAACGAGGAGGUGCAGCAGGAGGCGGAGGAGUGCCCCGUCUGCACAGAGCCCUACGGGCCGGGGCAGCAGCGCCGGGCCCUGCUGAACUGCGGCCAUGGCCUCUGCACCGGCUGUCUGCACCGGCUGCUGGGUGCCGCCCCCGGCGACCUGGGCCACGCACGCUGCCCGCUGUGUCGCCAGAAAACCCCCGUGCUUGAGUGGGAGAUCUGCCGGCUGCAGGAGGAGCUGCUGCGGGCGGACAGGGCCCCGCGCCCCGCGCCCCCCACCCCGCCCCUGCCUGCCCGCCGCGGCCGCGGGCCCUGGGCCUCCCUGGAGCACCGCUACCAGCUGCGCUUCCUGCCGGAGGCCCUGGGCGGCCGAGGCUGCCUGCCCUUCCUGCCCUGCCCGCCCUGCCUGGGUGCCUGGCUCUGGGCCCUGCGGGGACACGGGCCCUGCGCCCGCCGCCUGGCACUGCUGAGCCUGCUGGCACUCGAGCUGCUCGGCCUGCUGCUCGUCUUCGCCCCGCUCAUGCUGCUGGGGCUGCUCUUCGUGCUGCUGGGCGGCUCCCGCCGCUGA